GUGAAUUCCCCGAGAACAAAGAACGGUCAUACUGGUUCCGACUAUUGAUUGAAAUAAAAUUUACGCAAAUACAAAAUUUUUCUGUUCCAAUGCAAAGUAAACCAUAAAAAUCCAUUGUGAAAAUUUGUGGGGUGGUGGGUGCCAAAACGGAUACGAUACUCAAUAGGCGAUAGUCGUAGUAAAGAGAGCGGCAAAGAGAGCGCAAGAGAGACCGACGAGAGCAAAGAGAGCAUGUAUUUGAUGUGUACUCAAAAGCGGGCGAAGAGAGCGCACUAAACACCCACAAACACUCGGCCACUUUCGCGCAAUAUACACAAACACACACGCGGACAGGCAAAAAGGACGAGGAAGAGUAAGAGCUUUCUGGGCCAAACUAGGAUAAAGAUAAAGUGUUGUUUUGGCCAAUAUGAAUCCGGCUGUGGAUGCGUGGGCGGUGACCCCGAGGGAGCGAAUGAAGUACCAGGAGCAGUUCAAAGCACUCCAGCCACAGGCAGGAUUCGUGACCGGAGCCCAGGCCAAAGGAUUCUUCCUGCAGUCCCAGCUGCCGCCCCUGAUCCUGGGACAAAUCUGGGCUCUGGCGGACACCGAUUCCGAUGGCAAGAUGAACAUUAACGAGUUCAGCAUAGCCUGCAAGCUUAUCAACCUCAAGCUUCGCGGCAUGGACGUGCCCAAGGUGCUGCCACCCAGCCUGCUGGCUUCCCUCACUGCGGAUGGACAAAAGACGCCAUCGAUGACGCCACGUGGCUCCACCAGCUCCAUGAGCCCCAUGGAUCCGUUGAAGGGAAUGGUUCCUGCAGCAGCCCCCGCAGUGGUUCCCCCGCCCGUGGUGGCUCCUCCUCCGGUGAUUGCACCGGUUCCAGUCAUCUCGCCACCCGGCGUCGUGGAUCUGGCCAAGGUGCCAGCUGGCCCCACGCCGCCCUCCAGCAACCCACCCAGUCGCCACAUGUCCAUUUCGGAGCGAGCGCCAUCCAUCGAGUCUGUCAACCAAGGAGAAUGGGCCGUUCAAGCUGCCCAAAAGCGCAAAUACACGCAGGUGUUCAAUGCCAAUGAUCGCACCCGAUCUGGCUACUUGACCGGGGCCCAGGCACGCGGCGUUCUGGUGCAGAGCAAGCUGCCCCAGGUGACGCUGGCGCAGAUCUGGACGCUGUCCGACAUCGAUGGCGACGGACGGCUCAACUGCGACGAGUUCAUUCUGGCCAUGUUUCUGUGCGAGAAGGCCAUGGCCGGUGAGAAGAUUCCCGUGACCCUGCCCCAGGACUGGGUGCCGCCCAACUUGCGCAAGAUCAAGUCACGACCUGGCUCAGUCUCUGGGGUGGUGUCGCGUCCAGGAUCGCAACCCACCUCCCGGCACGCCUCCGUGUCGUCGCAGGGAGCUGUUUAUGCUGACCCAACAGCCGGACUGCCCGGACAAACAUCCUUCGAGGAUAAGCGCAAGGAAAACUUUGACAAGGGUCAGGCGGAGCUAGAUCGCAGGCGCAAGAUCAUAGAGGAUCAGCAGCGUAAGGAGCGUGAGGAGCGGGAGCGCAAGGAGCGGGACGAGGCCGAUAAGCGCGAGAAGGCUCGCUUGGAGGCCGAGCGUAAGCAGCAGGAGGAACUGGAGCGCCAGCUUCAGCUUCAGCGAGAGAUCGAGAUGGAGAAGGAGGAACAGCGCAAGCGGGAACUGGAAGCCAAGGAGGCGGCCAGAAAGGAGCUGGAGAAGCAGCGCCAGCAGGAAUGGGAGCAGGCCAGAAUCGCUGAAAUGAACGCACAGAAGGAGAGGGAACAGGAGCGUGUGCUCAAGCAAAAGGCACACAACACCCAGCUUAAUGUGGAGCUGAGCACAUUGAAUGAAAAGAUCAAGGAUCUGUCGCAGAGGAUUUGCGACACUCGAGCGGGCGUGACCAAUGUAAAGACCGUAAUCGAUGGCAUGCGCACUCAGCGUGACACUUCCAUGAGCGAAAUGUCGCAGCUGAAGUCGCGCAUCAAGGAGCAGAACGCCAAGCUGCUGCAGCUCACCCAAGAGCGAGCCAAGUGGGAUGCCAAGAGCAAGGCCAGCGGCGCAGCCAUGGGUGGCGACAACGCGCAGCAGGAGCAACUGAAUGCAGCCUUUGCCCAUAAGCAGCUGUUAAUUAACCAAAUCAAAGACAAGGUCGAGAACAUUGGCAAGGAGAUUGAGUCGAAGAAGGAGGACAUCAACUCUAACGACGGCCAGAUGUCCGAGCUCAAGGCGGAGCUCUCCGCUCUGCUCAACAAAUGCGAGGAUCUGUACAAGGAAUACGAUGUGCAGCGCACCUCGGUGCUGGAAUUGAAGUACAAUCGCAAGAACGAGACCACCGUGACCUCGGCCUGGGACACGGGCAGCUCUAGUGCUUGGGGCGAGGCGAAUACGACUGCCGCCGAUCCCUAUGCUGGCAUGAGCAACGAUGUCACCGCUGUGGCAGCUCCAGCUGUGGAUUUGAGUGGACCGGCUCCCGAGGGUUUCGUGAAAUACCAGGCCGUGUACGAGUUCAAUGCGCGCAAUGCCGAGGAGAUUACGUUCGUGCCGGGUGACAUUAUCUUGGUGCCGUUGGAACAGAACGCCGAACCGGGAUGGUUGGCUGGUGAAAUAAACGGACACACCGGCUGGUUCCCCGAAUCCUAUGUGGAGAAGCUGGACGAUGGUGCAGUUGCUGCCGUCGCCACCAUCGAACCGCAAGUGGUUGCCGAAGUGGCAGCCGUGGCGGACACCUACAAUGACAAUAUCGAUACCAGCAGUGCGGCGGCUCCGGCAUCUGCCGGCGAUCUGAGUGCCGCCGGCGAUGUUGAGUACUACAUAGCCGCAUAUCCUUAUGAUUCCGCCGAGGAUGGAGAUCUUAGUUUCGGUGCCGGCGAGAUGGUGAUGGUCAUCAAAAAGGAGGGCGAGUGGUGGACGGGCACCAUUGGCAAUCGCACCGGCAUGUUCCCCUCGAACUACGUCCAGAAGGCGGACGUGGGAACGGCGAACGCGGCGCCUGUCGAGUCGGUUGAAGCCCUGGAUCAGGAGACGACGCUGAACGGCAACGCUGCCUACGCCCCUGCCCCAUCCGUGGUGGAGGCGCAGGAGCAAGUGUUCCAGCCACUGCCUGUCCAGGAGCUGGGCGAGCAGCCGAUCGCAAGCCCCGGCAUUGGCGCCGAGGAGGCGCACGAAGACCUCGACACUGAAGUCUCCCAGAUCAAUACACAGUCCAAGACACAAAGCAGCGAGCCGGCCGAGAGCUACAGCCGACCCAUGUCACGCACCUCUUCCAUGACACCCGGUAUGCGGGCCAAGCGAUCGGAGAUCGCGCAAGUAAUCGCUCCCUACGAGGCAACCAGCACCGAGCAGCUAUCGCUGACGCGUGGCCAGCUGAUCAUGAUCCGCAAGAAGACGGACUCCGGCUGGUGGGAGGGUGAGCUCCAGGCCAAGGGACGGCGGCGCCAGAUCGGCUGGUUCCCCGCCACCUACGUGAAGGUUCUCCAAGGCGGGCGCAACAGCGGACGCAACACUCCAGUCUCCGGCAGCCGCAUCGAGAUGACCGAGCAGAUCUUGGACAAAGUCAUAGCUCUCUAUCCGUACAAGGCACAAAAUGACGACGAGCUCUCGUUCGAAAAGGACGACAUCAUCAGCGUGCUGGGUCGGGAUGAGCCGGAGUGGUGGCGUGGCGAGCUGAACGGGCUUUCCGGCCUCUUCCCCAGCAACUAUGUGGGCCCCUUUGUGACGUCCGAGAUUCAGUCGGAUCAAGUUGCCAGUGACAGACGAUCCAAUGGUAUCCAGCGUUUAUGGCACCAAUGGCGCGGAUCCGAAGCUGAAUCGGGUGUUAAACUCGAUGCCGCAUCCAAGAACAAGCUGCGAGGAACUAUCCAAUCGGUGUACAUAUCCAAGCAACAAGAUGGCCAACUUAUGGGGAGUGCUUACGUGCGGUUUGAGUGCACGGCAAAGUCCAUGCUCCAGGAAAAUGGCAGCCAGUUGGUGGGCAAGUCCGUCGUGGUCGACUGGCAGUUGCCCAGGAAACGAUUUGGCCCAUGGCGAUGCUGGUGAAUCAAGCUUCGCCCA